GUAUUGAGGACUUGAUUUCCCCUUUGGUAUGGGCGAAAACAGCUGCAAAGAAGAGAAGCCAAGCUGUUGCAAGAACAUUUCCUUCGUGGAGAGAUGAGAAUUGGAUUGCAAGAAAUCGAAUCAAAAGGAUUACUGACGGGUCUCCUAAUGAGGCCAAGUAUAGCCUCGCCAAUGCAUAUCGACGAGGUCCUUCGAGAAAAUGUCUUCCUCGAGGAAUGCCAUCCGAGGUAUUAAACCCCCGCCAUCGGAGCUCGCCGGUAAAGAAACGAAGAAGAGAGCGCAUAUUCUGUGACAAGAAGGGCGGCCCAUGAUGAGUCUACAAGCCAUCCACAGGCCAGGCGGAUGGAAAGAAGUGCGAAGAAGAACUAUUUCCGGAGGCGAGCGAUUGCCCGAAGAAAAGCUUCCAUUCCGGGGAUUUCCGGAAGAAAGGAGGAAGGUCCACAGAUAUUUUAAGACGAGGCUCGAACGCAUUCUCGAAGCAGGUCUUCCGCCAUGCUGCUAACGAACGCCCAGAGAUGCGUCGAGAACCGUACCGGGUGAGGAACAUUCCGGAGUCAGUCGGGGCAGGGCAGGGCAGGGCAGGCCCAGGGAGUUGCCCGACGACAGAGGGCUCAACGGCAGAGUGCGGCGGACGGUGGGAGGGACCACUGCCGGCGACUGACCUGUCUUCGCCUGGUCAGCGUCUGGACGAGAGGCGCGGAGCAGCGCUCCUCUACCGUUGUAGUAGUGCUGCUAGUGGCGGCAGCGGUAGCGGUACCUGGAGCGUCUGCCUGCCCUGCCCCCUGCCCCCUGCCCGCCAGCCCCCCAGCCUGCCUGGCAGCCAGUUGAUGAAGCGCACAGUGGCGAUGUUGUUCCACAGUGACGCCGGGGGCUUUUUCCUCCUCCCUGCCCUGCCCUUUCUGGGCUGCCCUCCCCUCGCCUCUCCGUGCCUGGGCUCGGUGUCCGAGCAAGCGCGAGCAAUGGGCCCCAAGACACGCGUGCUGCAGAGCCCGCCGCUGCUUCCGCUUCGUUUCUUCUCUACGAGCGACACGAGACGCAGAGCAGCAGCGAGAGCGAGAGAAAUUCGUUGAGCCCGAGAGAGGAUCUGAGAGGAGAGGAGAGGAGACGAUAGGAGGAGAGGGGCGAGUGGAGUGGAGAGGUGUGGAGUGUGGGGAGGGGUGGGACGGGAGCAGAGCAGAGCAGGGGAGGGGAGUGAAGGAAGGCAAGAAUCGGUUGAGCGGAGGCGGAGAAGAAAAGAAAGAAAACGAUAGAGACGUCGCGAGCCAACGAUACUGGUGUUUUCGAAUCGUGGAUUGAAUGCGCAGAUCGUACUGGGAUCUUACAGCUUCGUAGCGUAGGACUUGACCGCUGCCGCUGCUAUAAGAAGGAAGGCCGGACAUUUGUCGAGCUCAUUAGAUAUAUAUGUUGAGGACAGGAGGUUGAGAGGAUCCUGCCAUAGUCGACCGGGUCGAUCGCCUUGCUUAGUCCUUUCGUGUUGUUACUUCACGCGAGAGAGAGAGGGAGAGGGAGCAGCUUGGAGGAGUAUUUGAGCGGUCGCUGGAGCUUCGAUUGUUUAGGGAGGAGGGAAGAUGGAAAGACUUAGUAGAUCGCAGAAAUGGAUUUGUGGUAUCGUUCUCACGUUGGGGAUUAUUUCAGCCGUACUCGGGUUUGUUGCGGAGUCGAAGAGGAUCAAGAGUACAGAGAUUCAUGUUGUCGAAGGAGAGUGCAAAUAUCCUACAAGCUCGGCCCUCAUCCUUGGAGUAGUCGCUGCUCUGGUGCUGUUAAUUGCACAGAUAAUCAUAAAUGUUGUUGGUGGCUGCAUCUGCUGUACGCCCGGUCCACCAGGACCACCUAAUGCUCCAUCAGCGUCGAACAGAUCAAUUGCAGUCAUCUGCCUCGUAGCUUGUUGGAUAACUUUUUUGAAUGCGUUUGCGCUACUAAUGGCGGGGGCGAGUCUUAACAACCAAAGACAGGAGUACAUGUGGUUUGGUAGCGAGUGCAAUGUUGUGAAACCUUUGGUGUUUGCUGGGGGUGCUUUGCUUGCUCUAGCGACAGUGGUUCUGGGUUUGAUAUUUUACCUGGCAUCCUCUGCGGCCAAGGCUGCUGCUAACGCAGCUCGAUUACCACCUGGUAUUGCUCUAGGCCAACCUGCUUAUGGGCCAUAUCCUCAGCCUUACGGCCCUAACAGUGCCCAGCCGAUGCAGUAUACUACCUAUCCCCUGUACGGACCUCCAGGAACCCAGUACACGAUCCACAGCGUUGGCCCUCCACUGCCUCCAUUACCUGAGUAUGUCCACCAGAACUACCCUCAUGUAGUUACUGGUUAUCCCAAACAGGACCACCCUCCUCAAGGCAGUUCCCAGUAGGACCUCUGUUCACGCCAGUGAUGAUACUGGGCUGACAUUUCAAUCUGUGUAACAGUAACAGCGUCCAGCAGUGUCAAAGAAAACACGAUGAGUGUAAGGGAGCUCUUUGUUAGAAUAACCCUUUCUGAUCUAUCGAGUGAUCUGAAUAUCGUCUGCCGUGAGUCUCUCCUUAUCGCAGUAAUUGAUUAAACCGGUGUGUCCAAUGUGGACGACUACAGCAGUUUUGGAUUCCUACUUCAUACGAAGGGCAUUGUCAUGAGCCCGUGAUGGCCAGGAUGUCCAUUGCUCACUCAAUUUUGGUUGCCUAAAGCACGGUGGAAUCUUGUUUCAUGUCGGUUGUGCUUGAGGAGCAAAGUGGGAACGGUUGUAAAGGUAAACAUUAGAUAAUAUAGCUCAUUGAUCCUCUACGUGGAGGGGGACAUGUUGGAAGUUGUACAGUUGACGCUGGACUCUGGACCGUCAAGAGUGGAGCAUUGAUCUCUGCAAUGUGAAGUCGGGCUUUUAGAUUCCACUUUUGGACCUGCAUCUCUCUCAAUAGAUUAGCGUAGGACCCCAAGGAAUAGAGUUAUAACAUUGGACUAUCUGCUGGCGGUCAUUUCAGCCCGUGCGGAUGCUGGGCUUCGAAGUGACCACCGUCCAGUGAGAAUGUCUUCAUGUGCUCACAAAUAGAGCAUGC